AGGAUCGAUCCAGUCACUGGGAUUGACGGACACUGCACUACAGCCAAUAAGAAACUCAUCCAGUUGUAAACAAUCGCAUUUAACCAAUCGGAAGUCAGGUUUAAACCGUGUCACACCCGAUUGGUUGGAUUAAACGCGCAUUGGUGACGUUUAUCUGCGCGGGACUGUCAAAAAUUUCUGCUGCACCCUUUUCUUCCUGCUUUUUCUCUUGAAGAAAACUCUCCUAGCUUGUCCUGUGAGACCCGCGCGGAUUCCAGUUGAUGAAUGACAGCAACACAUCUGCUGCUAACUGUCGGGUUUUACUUACGCUUUUCUUAAUGGAACCUCAGUCGUUACGUGACGCGGCUCUUAAAUUGGAUUAGCUGUGAGUUAAGCUUGUCUGUGAAGGUGUGCGGCCGACCUGCUCGUUAGCUCAGCUGGACCGACUGUUGGGUCUGGGUCAUUUUUUUUUACUGCAGUUCCUUUUUGAAUGUAUCAACGUAUUUAGAGUAGUUUGCUAAACUGCUGCGUUUGAAAUCAGCGCGAGACGCGAUCGGUGUUGUCGCGUGUGCAGUAAUAAGGUGUGCUACGUCAGACAGGUGAUUUUAACCUGCUUUCUACGUGGUUUAUUACUUUAAAGGGAAGGCAUGGAUGGUUAUAACCAGUCCAGCGCAGGACGUGACAGUAAAUCUCAAAAGAAGAAAGUAUUUUCUUACCAGAGCUCGUACGACGACGGAGACCGCAAACCAAAGUUUAACUUGCCCUUUAGAAACAUCACAGAUGAUGUGCGGGACAGGUUUGCCAGUAUUCGAAUUCCAGGCAGCAAAAAGGAGCGACUGCCUGUAACGCUAUCUAAACACGGCUCCAAUGACUGGUCCACUUCCACGCCAACCACCCUGCAGCAUUUUGAGGAUCUUUCAUCAAAGAUCACCUCAGAAAAAGAGAUCUUGGCUUUGUUUGAAAAGAUGAUGGAGGACAUGAACUUAAAUGAGGACAAAAAAGCUCCUUUAAGGGAAAAAGACCUCAACACAAAGCGAGAAAUGGUCAUCCAGUACGUCUUUUCUGGCUCCAAAACUGGCAGCCUGAAAAGCAGCCAUCAGAUCUCUCCCCAGGAAUUCCUCGGUGAGCUGAAGUCAGGAGUGAUGGACGAACGUCUCUUUGCCUGUCUGGACUCAUUGCGAGUGUCUCUUACCAGCAAGCCUGUGAGCUGGGUUCAAAGUUUUGGGCAUGAAGGCCUCGGAUUGCUCCUGGACAUUUUGGAAAGGUUGCUGUUCAAGAAGCAACAAGACAAGAUAGAUAAGAAGAACCAACAUAAAAUCGUCCAAUGUCUCAAAGCCUUCAUGAACAACAAGUAUGGCUUGGAUCGAAUUUUGGGGGAGGAGAAAAGUCUUGCUUUGCUGGCUAGAGCCAUCGAUCCCAGUCAGUCUGCCAUGAUGACCGAAGUCGUAAAGCUACUGUCAGCCAUCUGCAUUGUAGGCGAGGAGAACACUUUGGAGAAGGUUCUGGAGGCCAUUACGACAGCAGGAGAAUGGCGGUCCAUUGAGAGGUUCAGUCCCAUUGUUCAAGGUCUACGAGAUCGCUCCAUUCAACUACAAGUGGCGUGCAUGCAGCUUAUCAAUGCCCUGGUAACAUCGCCUGAUGAGCUGGACUUCAGGCUGCACAUUAGAAAUGAAUUUAUGCGCUGUGGACUCAAAGAGAUAUUGCCGCAAUUGAUGACCAUCAGGAAUGAGGCCCUUGACAUUCAGCUGAAGGUAUUUGAGGAGCAUAAAGAAGAGGACAUGAUGGAGUUCUCUCACAGAUUGGAGGACAUCAGGAACGAACUGGAUGAUGUGGGGGAUGUGUUCAGCAUUGUGCAGAGCCUGGUGAAGGACAGCAGUGCAGAGCCCUAUUUCCUCUCCAUCCUGCAGCACCUGAUGCUCGUACGCAAUGAUCACUUGGUCAGGCCCCAGUACUUCAAGAUCAUUGAUGAGUGUGUUUCUCAAAUCGUGCUGCACCGCAGUGGCACCGACCCCGACUUCACUUACCGUAAGCGCCUAGAUGUCGACUUCGGCCACCUUUUAGAGGUGUGUGUGGACAAAGCUCGGGUGGAUGAAUAUGAACAAAGAGCUUUAGAUCUGGCACAGAAGUUUGAUGAGGAAUUCUUAAGCAGGCAGGAGGCACAAGCUCAGCUGGUGAAGUGUGAAGAACAAAUAUCGGAACUCCAAGCAGAGUUGCAGGCCUUCAGGUCCCAGUUUGGAGCUGUGCCUCCACUCUCAGCCAAGGGUGGAGCUCCAUCAUCAUCUUCACCUUCAUCUGGGCCUUCAACCCCUGCUCUUGCACCAGGGGUGCCAGCUCCCCCUCCUCCCCCUCCCCCGCCCCCUCCUCCUCUUGGAUGUCCACCUGCACCACCUCCACCUGGAAUACCUCCUCCAUUUGGUGCUCCACCUCCACCUCCUCCAGGGUUUUGUGGUGCUUUUGGCUCACCCACUCACCACACACUGCCUUUUGGCCUCAGGCCUAAGAAGGAAUUCAAGCUUGAGACGUCCAUAAAGCGCCUCAACUGGUCAAAGAUUCGUCCCCAGGAAAUGUCUGAAGGCUGUUUUUGGGUCUUGGCAGAUGAGGACCAGUAUGCAAAACCAGAAUUGCUCAGCAGGGUUGCUCUUACUUUUGGCUCGCAUCGAACAGCUAAAAAAGAAGAGGAUCUGGAGGAUAAGAAAUCCAUAAAAAAAAGAAUCAAGGAGCUCAAGGUGCUCGAUCCCAAGAUUGCACAAAAUCUCUCCAUCUUCCUGGGCUCCUUCCGGAUACCUUAUCAGGAAAUUCGACGCAUGGUUGUGGAGGUGGAUGAGGAGCAGCUCACUGAACCGAUGAUCCAGAACUUGGUGAAGCAUCUACCCGAGCAGGAGCAGCUGAACGUCCUGGCCAACUAUAAAAAUGAGUACUCUAAUUUGUCAGAGCCUGAGCAGUUUGGGGUUGUGAUGAGCAGCGUGAAGCGGCUGCGACCUCGUCUCAACCACAUCCUCUUCAGGCUGCAGUUUGAGGAGCACGUAAACAACCUGCGUCCAGAUAUCCUGGCCGUAAGCGCGGCGUGUGAAGAAGUCAGGAAGAGCCGCGCUUUUGGCUGCUUGCUGGAGCUAGUGCUGCUGCUGGGGAAUUACAUGAAUGCAGGCUCUCGAAAUGCCCAGUCAUAUGGGUUUGACCUCAGUUCCCUUUGCAAGCUAAAAGACACGAAGUCAGCAGACCAGAAGUCUACCUUACUACACUUCUUAGCUGAAGUAUGUGAGCAGGAAUUUCCUGAUGUGAUCAAGUUUGUUGAUGACCUGGAGCAUGUGGAUCGAGCUAGCAGAGUCUCUGCAGAGAAUCUGGAAAAGAGCCUCCGGCAGAUGGAGAGGCAGCUGCUGCAACUCGAGAGAGACCUGGAGACAUUCUCUUCCCCCGAUGACCCCAGCGACAUGUUUUUUACCAAAAUGGCUAGCUUCUUCAAAGUUGCACAGGAGCAGUAUGGCAAGUUGGGGAUCAUGCACAGCAAUAUGGAGACGUUCUAUCAGAACACACUGGAAUACUUCGCUGUUGAUCCCAAAAAGACCUCCGUGGAGGAGCUGUUCACGGACCUCAGCAACUUUCGCUCCAUGUUCAUGCAAGCACUGAAGGAGAACUUUAGACGGAGAGAGCUGGAGGAGAAACAGAGGCGAGCAUGGGCAGCGAAGGAGAAGGCUGAGCGUGAAAAGCAGGAGCGACAGCAGAAGAAGAGGAGGUUACUGGAAGUCAAUGCAGAGAACGAUGAGACAGGUGUGAUGGAUAGUUUGCUGGAAGCCUUGCAGUCUGGAGCUGCAUUCAGAGACCGCAGGAAGAGAGUACCCAGGUCCAGAGAUAACUACCAGAAGACGAUCAGCCCCAGCUCCUUUCGCCAGGUUCUCAGGCCAGUGAACCAUGAGAACAACAAGGCACCUUUACAAAGGUCUCGCUCUCGGCAGAAUGUAAAUGUGGGCUCAGUGGCGGCGGCGAAAGCUCCCCUUGCCAAGGAGGCACGUAAUGAGUCUGACAGCCGUCCAUCUGCAGACAGGGCCAAAGUGUCUGGCUGUUUGGAGUCCGGUGGCAGGUAUGGGAUUGCUUCGGGUCACAGUUCCAGGCUGGAGAGAAACAGAGGGGUGGAGAGAGAGAUGGUUAAGGUGACUGAGAAAGAGCUGGAGGUUGAAGCUGAGAAUCCAUCCCUCCAGCCAUCCUCCUCUGGUCCUGCAGUCAGCAGCUGCAACACCACUGCAGAGUCAGAUGUAGAAGCUCUGCUCGCCAAACUCAGAGCUCUGUAAGAUCUGGCCUCAGUGAUGCUAAAUGUCCAUGUACCUACAAGAGUCAGACUCUAAGAUGUUUAGAGACUAAAGUGUCAGGCAUCAGUCUCCAGAAAAUAUGUGUACAGUGAUUUUAACAUUCAAUAACACAAAAGUGAAAAGAAAUUAAUGCAAGAAACAACAUUUUUAAAGGCCUGAUUUAUUGGAAGCUAAUUAUUAUCAUUUAUUAUUAUUAAAAAACUAAAGUAAACACGAGUCUGAACCUGAUUUAUUGUAUAUAAAUUAAACUGACACAAUUGUUGCUUUUGUGCUUAAAGAUGCAAAACAGCUUAGAACUUUGUAUUCCAUAAAUAUUCAGUCUCACAGCAAACUAUAAUAGAAGUUUUUUACAUCAUAACUGUACUUUUUUUUUACACAUUGGUAAAAGAAGAGUUCAAGCUUAAAUCUGCAUCUGUUACUUUUGGUACCAAAAAUUCUGUUGUUUUUACCUAUGAUUCAUGAAUGUUGAUUUUUGUGUGUUUUAUAUUCAGAACAUUGGCUGAACUGAAUUAUAACAGUAUAAACAAAUGAUUAGUUGUAUUUUUAUUAGUUUUGAUGAUUGCUAGAACUCAACAGUUUUUAUAAGUUGUCUGUUUUUAUUGAACAGAUGAGAAACUUUUAUUAAACAAGAGAGUAAGUUUGUUUAAAAAGACAAACGUACAUCUCAAAUGGCUCAGAAACGUUCACAACUGAUGCUUUUGGUUACAUUUCCCCUGAGAUUAUUUUAUUUGUUGUGU